CCGGGUAAUUCACAAGUUAUUAGUGGCCUGAGAUCUUCAUGCCAGCUGUACAUCUACAUUGAUGCUGAGAAGGCUUUAUCAGGACGAGUCAUAUUGGCACAGUGACUAAAGCAACAUAGUGAAUUUCAUUAAGAUUUAUUGUGCAAGAAUUUAAAGUAACAACAAUGCAGAACUCUACAAGGUGUGAAAUUUGUAAAGUUGAUACACCAGACAAGGAGUCUUUGGCCCGUCAUAUUCUGGGAAAGAAACAUCUGAGAAAACUUCAGCAUCUACAACAAAAGAAAGAUGCAGAAGAAACAGGAAUAUAUGUCACAGGUUUUCCAAAGCAGACGGAUCAGGUUGAAUUACAAACCUUUUUUGGUCAGUUUGGACCAAUUAAGAAGUUUGUCUUUGGCUAUAAUGGGAGGUUUGCUAUUAUUCAGUUCUGUGAGAGAGAAUCUGUUGAAAUGUGCGUCUCCAGAAUAUUACAUUUCUCUAGGCAUCGUCUACGUGUAAAACGUCAGAAAGUACAAGAUCCACCAGUAAAGAGUCCACCUCCCCCUGAAGUUGUAGCAAGUGAAGGCUUGAACCAUACCCGUGUUACUGAAGCCUUGUCAUCAUGCAAAGGCGAUUUCCAGAGCCAGUUUUCAGUGUUACUAAAUGAAAUUCAUGUAUCAGACUACAGCAAAUAUGCACUGGUUUGUGAGCACUUGGAAGCCACCUUAUCCGUUUCUUUCCCUGGCUGCAAGGCUCAUCCUUUUGGUUCCGCUGUGACUGGCCUUGCUUUUAAAGGCAGCGACUUGGAUGUCUUCAUGGACCUAAAUGUGGCACCGGCUGUGUUUGUAGGAGCGAGUGCGGGUGCAUCAAUUCCAGAAUCACAAAUCAUAGGAGUAAACCGAAUGAAGAAGUUUUUGCAAUGGAAUUCAGAUUUAUACAGUAAUAUCUUUGCAAUUCCAAAAGCUAAAACUCCAAUUGUGAAAUUUUUUCACAAACCUACAAAGAUUAGCUGUGACUUAUCAUUUAAGAAUGCACUCGGUGUCAGUAACAGUGCUCUUAUACGGUUUUAUUUGUCCGUGGACCCACGGAUAAAACCAUUCCUGAUUGUAAUAAAAUACUGGGCUGGGAGGAAUGACCUCUCAGGAAAUGGCAAGAUUAGCAGCUAUGCAUUGGCAAUGAUUGCAUUGUUCUAUCUACAGCAGUUGGAACAUCCGGUUAUCCCGACCAUUGCUGCCUUACAAGAAGGUGUGAAUGAGAAACUGAUAAUUGAUGGUUGGGAAUGCAGUAUUAACACCAACAUUUCAGCACCAAACAAUAACACAAUGUCUGUACCAGAAUUGCUUUGUGGGUUCUUCAAAUUUUGUUCCAAAUUUGGUUAUGGGUUGAAUGUAAUGUGCCCAUUAACAGGUACUUCUAUACCAAAAUCAUCGUUUCAGACACCUCAAGCAUUACCGGAAGCCAUGCAUCGGUAUAAGGAUUAUAUGUCCAACUCUGAUUCAGAUACUGUGGGACUAAAAGUGGACUCUGUUAUCUGUAUUCAGGACCCAUUUGAGUUGAGACAUAAUAUUGCUGCAGGAAUGUCUCCAAAAGCACUAGAGAACUUCAAGAAACGCUGUGGAUCUGCCGCUUUGGCAUAUGAUAAACUCUCCUCUGUGGAUGCAAAGACACCAGGUUUCCUGAAAAAACUACUUCGUCAAAGAACUAUUCCUUCAGAAUUUUUGUGUCACAUAACUAUUAAAUUAGACAACUAUGUCGUUCACAAGGUACCAGAGAAUGUGGAUUCAAGGCAGCAUGAGAGCACUUUGAAUGCAGGGAAUGAAUUGAGAAAGAGAUGGUUUAAGUCAGUUUUGGAGAUCCUCAUACAAAUAUUUAAAGAUGUCAUGAAAUUUGAUGUUCACAUAGAAGAAUCUGAACAUAGUAAUAGCAAGAUUCAGAAGCUGGAUGGACAGUCAAAUAUCUCUGAGGCGUCCAAUAAUGUUGGGGUGAAGGUCAUUCGUUGUUGUGGCUACUAUGAAUUAUGGGUGGGGCGUAGAAGUGUUUAUAAGAAACUGAGAUUUCCUGAAAAGCUGGGAAAAAUCGCAAGAGAGAGAAUGGUAUCUGAAUAUUUAUAUGAAAGAUUGAAACGGCAAGCCUCCAAGCGUGAUUCGCUUGUUUCAUUUUGUUGUGUUUUUAAACCAAAACAAGAACCAACUCGGGUACUUAUUGAACUGUCUGAUAUAAAAUCUCAUAAAAAAAAUUUCAAGGUAUUGUCUGCAUUCUUACAGGAGCGUCUGCCUGCUUGGAUUGGAAAGUGUAUGAUGUACCAGCAAAAUGAACAGCAGGUAGAUGAGAAAGUGGUAUAGGUAUGUUAAGCAUACCUCGUUUUCCCAGAAUUAAAGUGUAUUAGAUACAUUUUUACUUGUUAA